AUGCAUUCCAGCGAGUUCGACGGCGCCGCAGCCUUCUCCGGCGGUGGUUUUAUGCCGUCUCAGGCAGCUCAAGGCCAUGAACUUUCCUUCUCCUACACCACGAAUCGUGAUGCUCAGUCAUUGCUUCCUCUGACGGUCAAGCAGAUAAAUGAUGCAUUUCAGUCAAGUGAUGAUAAGUCUAAUAUGAUUAUUGACGGCGUGGAUGUUAAUAAUGUCACUCUUGUAGGAAGGGUGUGCAACAAGGCUGGAAGGAUUACUGAUGUUACUUUUGUACUAGAUGAUGGGACUGGAAGGAUUGAGUGCAGUAAAUGGCUUCAGGAAGAUGUAGACGCUAAUGAAGCGGAGGGUCUCAGGGAUGGAAUGUAUGUGCGCUUACAUGGACAUUUGAAGGGUUUUCAGGGGAAAAGGACCUCAAAUGUAUUCUCUUUUAGAGUGCUGGCCUAUAGUGAAGGUGGUUGGGUUUUGGGAAAUGCAUAUGAUAGGAACCUUACUAAAUCCUGCUAG